AUGUCCCUCAUCGUGCAUGCACCCCGGCCCCGUAACAGCACAAAGGGCCUCCCCCAAUGGGAUAUCCCAAGCGAGGUCGACGAGCCAAUAGCCCUCGUCCGCGAGCUCUCCUCGCCAGAAACCAUCAUCAAGCCCAAGGAGCUACACCUCGCCUUCAAGUGGGGCCCGCUCAACUCGACCCGGUUCUCCCGUUUCCGCAAGCUCAAGCCCACCCCCACGCGCCGUCGCUACGAGGGCCCCGCUGCGCACAUGCCCCUCCCCCGAGGCAUGUCCCGGUCCUCCACGAUGUGCUCGGUCCGCUCGCUCGCCACGCUCUCGCGCACCGUCUCCGUCGACGUCGGCGUCCUCAUCGUCCGCCCCCUCCGCCGCGAGGGCACGUACAUCGUCUGGGGCGCCGUCAUGGCACCCGAGACGUACAACCCCCACUUCACGACGCCCAGGAACGUGCUCGUGAAGAUCGCGGUGGACGAGGAGGGCGGUGAGGAUCUCAGAGAAGACGCGCGGCUGCACGAGCAGCUCGCAGAGAGGGGCAUGACGUCGGGGUACUACGGCGUCUUUGUGGAUAGCAUCGGCAGUACCACGCUCGUAACUGAUGAUUGGGAUAACGAGGUGGGCGAGGUGCACACACCCACGCCCUCGAGCCCCUGA